AUGCUGCAGUUCACCUUGAUGAUGGCAAUGCAGGAGCGGGAGGUGUUGCCCGCUCGUCCUCAGGCUUCAAGGGUGCAUGGACCGCCGCCACCCCCACGUACGCUGAGCAUGAAGCUCCUCGUGGACACCAAGGCGCGCCGCGUGCUCUUCGCGGAGGCCGGCAAGGACGUGGUGGACUUCCUCUUCUCCCUCCUCGCGCUGCCCAUCGGCACGGCCGUCAAGCUGAUCGGCGCCAAGUCCAUGGUGGGGAGCGCCGGCGACCUCUACCGCAGCGUGGAGAAGCUUGACGGAACCUACGUCCAGCCCGGCGCGGCCAAGGACGCGAUCCUCCGCCCCGUCAUGGCCCGCUCGCCGGCCAACAGCGCCCUCCUCGGCCUGCCGACUCCCUCCAACAGAUUCUUCAGAUGUUCCUGUGCGAUGACGAUCCAAAUCCAGUACGCGCCGCCUGCCGGUGCCAUUGCGCAGAACGCGGCCACCGCGGUGGCGGCAGCAGAUGGGUUCGUGCGGGGCGUCGUGACGUACACGGUGAUGGACAGCCUCGCGGUGUCGCCCAUGUCCGCCAUCUCCAGCAUCGCGCUGCUCAACACCUUCGCGGUCAGGGAUCUCACCGCGCUCCAGGAGAAGAUCGUGCACAUCGGAUACAAGGAGGGUUUGGAGAUAUUGAAGGCCUCGCUGCAGUCCAAGACUGUUCUCACCGACGUCUUCCUUGGAAAGAAGUCCCCAAGCCACGACUGA